ACAGCUGCAAAUGUCAUAUUUUUUUGCGGGGCAGAUCGAUUUGUUUUGAAGCUGUGAAAAAAGGGUCAAAAGGGUGCGGAAAAAGGUAGAAAAAGGCAGUUUUAGGGCGUGGAAUCGUCAAUAAAUAUUGCAUGCUUGAAGCGUGAAGGUGGUGCGAGAUGACAAUGUCCAUAAAGGAAAAGUCUGAGAAUGAGGAAAUUGAGUGGAGCCCCCAGAUGGAGAUUCAGCUGUUCUUCGCCUUGGAUGGGUUGAAGCCGGUCGGGAUCAACAAAUACUUCUUCAUGACAUGCAUUGCGGAUCGUCUGUCGAAGGCACUGGAUCGCGAUGUGUCCACAGAGGCCAUAUGGAGUCACCUGAAGACAAUGUACAACUUGGAUGCACUGGAUGAACUUGAGCCACUUCCCUUUCCCAAUGAGCAGAAGGAAUUCUCCCUUCCGGAUGAAUUUACCACGCUCAUCACGAAGAAGUUGCAGGAUGCGGAAGAGGCUGCCCGGAAGGCGGAUGCAGCACCACCAAAGGGGGACACGGCGAAGAUUUCCGGGAAGCCAGCAGCGGCCGUUGCAGCACCACCGUCGGGAUCGAGUAAAACGCAGCAGAGUCAGAGUCGCGAAGCGUCCACAGCAGACAAAAAGGUCGAGGCACCACCAAAGAGAGCCCCAAAACGUACACGGGGCUCAGCAUCACUCGAAUCUAGUAGCAGCCCCUCAACCACCCCGCCGCCAAUCGUCUCCAAACGACGCCGAAUAUGAAGACAUCGUCGGGCAGCUCCUGACCAGCAGCGUGGUCAGGGCAUGUGAAGAGCAGGGUGGACUAGUGAUUGAAAAUCCAAAAUUAUUCCUCAUCUCUCCCAUCUGGCCAGCGUCAUGCCAUAUAUAACCUCGCCCAAUGCAUCCCCAUUCCCGCGGAGAAUGAAGGGGCGGAUUGAGUCAGUGGCGCGCCACUUUAUUAUUCGCUUUGUGAAUCACUGUAAAUGAUUUCUUUAUUAUUAUUUCUUAAUAGUUUAAAUUACAAUCAAAGGCUAAUAAAUCCUUUUUAAGAAUUA